AUGUACAGACCGAGAGGUUUUGACAGAAGAGAAUGUCCUGAGCCACCACAUUUACUUUUACAACAGAACAGGUUCCAGAUAUUGAAUGCUCAGAAUCAACAGAAUUGUACUACUCCACUGCUGUAUAAACAGACUGGAAAUACUAACAUGGACCUAGGUCAAGGCCACAGUACCAAUAUUAAUAUAAUGCAGAACCAAGGUCAAGGAUGCAGUGCAAGUGCACAGAUUAUUAGAUGUCGUAGGAUGCUUUGUCAGACUCAGGAAUUCUAUUAUAUGUUUCCAUCCCCUCGGAGAUCAUCCAUUAGUAAUCAUCCUAGUGGCUUUAGAACAAUGGCUCAAAGAAGACUUAUGCAUCAAAGACUUGACUCAAGUAGCACUGGAAAUUCUAAUCAACAUGUCAUGAUUGAUAAUGAGGAGAAUUAUGAAAACUAUAUGCAAAAUAACAUGUUGCCUAGGAACACAAUAAAUAAUCGACAGGCCAAUUCAUUCAAAGACAACAAUGUCGUGUGUGGGAAGCAGCAACUUGUACAAGAGUUUGAAUGUAAUGAUAGGUUAAACAAUCAAGGCAUGAAUGAAAGUAUUGGACAAGAACUGCAGGCAAGACAGACCAUGUCCCAGUCUCGUGUGGCUCUGUCUGAUUUCAUCAACAAUAAUUCUAUAGAAAAUGAUCAAAGUUUUAAUGGCUUAGAUGAUCAUUCCUACAGUCGUAAGAACGCAGACAAUUUUUCAUAUGAAGAUGAGAAUCAUGUUAAUGCAGCAUAUUACACAAACUGUCAAAGAGAUUGCUCUGCUGAAAGACUGAAAGUUCUACAAACAAAUCAUUCCUAUCCAUGUGAAGAUCAAAGAUUUCAAAAUUCAAAUGUAUGCCCUUAUCAGAGGAAUCCAUAUGUUAAUACAUUGAGAAUAGCCAGAAAUUCUAAUAGCAAUCACAUUGUUAAUACAGAUAGGUCAGAAAAACAGUCGUCAUGGAAUCAUGAUGUAGAAUCCAAACUGGUCAACCAACAUCUGAAGGCUAAAAUUGAACAACAUUCAUCAUUGAAUCGUGAGGUAAAGUCCAAAUUGGUCAAAGAGUCUACAUUGUUACAGUUAGCACUAAAAGAUAUUAUAGACAGGGAAAAAGAAAGUGAGAAAGUUCAAAUCGAGUCUGCCAAAAAUAAAAAGAAUUUUAGAAUUGAAGGCUCUGCAAUUACUGAAGUUCAAGAAUCUGACAAAAAAUUACAGACAAUUAAUAAAAGUAAACAAUUUGGAAGUGUUACUGAUAAAACUGAAUCAAAUAUAAAAUGCCAUACCAGUUCAGCUGGUAAAACUGUUCAAUGUAUGAAUGCAAAUAAAAGAAAUAUUCCUGAAAAAGAACCAUUAGAGAAAAAGAACUUCCCUAGUUCAUCCAAUGUUCCAACUGUAGAACGCAAAAUUCUUGUAGAAAAUGCUAAACUUGUUACUAGGAAAGCAAUAGAAAUUGAAAACAUAAAAAAAGCAACUGUUCAGCAGCAGGUUAAUGUAAAGUCCUCAUCAGAAUGUUCAAGUGAAGUUAAAGUUAGGACUCAAACAGAACAAAGUGCAGAGGCAUCUUAUAAUCUGGCUUUAGAACAAUGGCAAAAACAGAAUUUGUGUAAAACUAAAACCUCUGAUUCACAGAAAACAAAUACUGACGAUCCAUACCUCCAGGCACAUCAACAAUUGAAAACACUGAAUUCUGGCAGAAGCAUAAAUAUCCACUCCUCAAAUUCAAAGAAUUGUGAUCCACGCCUUGAGGCACAAAAACAGAAUUUGUGUAAAUCUAAAACCUCUGAUUCACAGCUAACAAAUACUGGUGAUCCAUUCCUGCAGGCACACCAACAAUUGAAAUCACAGAAUUUUGGCAGAAGCAUAAAUAUCCACGCCUCAAAUACAAAGAAUCGUGAUCCACGCCUUGAGGCACGUAAACAGAAUUCUACCAUAAGUAAUGACUCACUAAAUGCAAACAGCUUUGAUCAAAAUACUGAAAUAUGUACAGCAAAUGACCAUAGUUACUCCCAAAGCACACCUCUGCUUCGUGAUAGAAAGAAUGUGGAUUGUAAUCUAAGUCUUGAUAAGUUACAAAGUAUUAACCCAGAAUGUCCAACAAAAAAUCCAUGUGCAGAAAAUAAAAGAAGUUCUGAGAACUCAAGGUUAGACAGAAAAGAGGUAUCCUCAAAGGAUACAGGAUUUAUACAGGCUCUUGUAGAUGUUGUUAAAGUUAUGUUUGACCUUAGGAGAAAUAAACACUUUGAGGAAAAGAUCAUUCCAGAAGCUGGGAACCAAAUUGAUAAAGCGAGCAAGGAUGACAACAAACUUGCAGGACAAAAGUUGAACAAAACCAUUUCAGCAAACCAGGAUGAUUACAAACUUGUUAGACAAUCAGGGAACCAGCCUAAUAAAGUAAGCAAAAUUGAGCACAAGCAUGUCAGAAAAACGGAGAAUCAGCAGAUUAAACCAAACAAAUCUGAGAGCAAACAGGUUGACGAGACAAGGAACCAUGCCAAAUCAAUCGACACCAACAAAGAAAAUUCCCAAAAUGGAAGAGAAGAUAAAGACAUAAACUGUCAAGGAAGUUCAAACUUUUCAAAAUCAAAGACAAGUCCUGUUCUGAGUAAAACUGUAAAAAAUACAAAAGUAACAAAUGAAAAGCUUGCCUCUCUUGAAACAACGAAGUCCAAUGAUAAACCUUUGUCGUGCAAUUCAAUUGCUAAUGAUAGAAAUAUUUUUACGUGUGUAUUUGAAACUGGCAGCAUGAAAAAGAGGACUAGGUGUGUUGAUAGUGAUUUCAUUGAAAACGAUAAUCUCAUGGAUAAAAAUAAAUACCUGGAUGAACACAGGAAAAAAUCUGACUUGCUUGAAAAAUCUUACUCCUCUCAGACUCCAGGCAAAUUAAAUGAAGAAUCUAAGUCACUUCAUACUGACAAAAUUACUGAAAGAUCUGACUCUUUUCAUACUCAGGAGAGGCUGAAUGAUAAAUAUCCAUCAGUCACCAGCAUCAAUGUGGAAAAGCAAAUCCAACGUCUAGAAGAGUUUAAGGCUUGUUCAAAAGACAUGUUAGCUCAACAAAAAUCACAAUUGAUAGUUGACCAAUGUGAUAAACUGGAUAAUGAAACUAGUUUUUCCGAUAAAGGAUGUCAUAAACAAGGAAAAACAAUCACAAAUUCUGGUGAAUAUUGUCUUCUUUCCAGUACAGAAAAUUCUGAAGAUGAAUAUUUGCCAGAAAAGAAAGCUGGAGAGUCUGUUAAAGAAAAACAUGAAGAUGGACAGAAGAAAUUUGAAGCUCAAUGUUUAAUUUCACAAGGGGACACUUCACAGAAUAAUUCAGCUUCAAGUAACAAGGAUACAAGUUGUUACAGGAAAGGUUCCAACAAUAUAUCUGAUAGAACAGGUCUAGAAGGUAAAAUCACUUGUAAGACCCCAUCACCUAAAAAAAAGUCAACAAAAGUUCAAUCCACUGGUAAAGAUUUCAGUUUCUUAGAACUAGGAUAUUGUCCUCUGGCUUUACCUCUUGGUUGCUAUGCCUACGAAGAUGAUGCAGACAAAGAUGAGAACAACAACAACUCUCCCAAAAGACUAGAAAAUGAGCCUGACAUUGUUGCCACAAAUAAACACAUGAGAAAGCUUUGUGAUGAGAAAUACAAUCAUGACAAUACUGAGAUUCUAAGACCAUGGGUUAUAAGAUAUCUGGAUGAAAUCUCAAAACCAACAAUUCGCGAAGAAUUUUUAGACAAGAUGGACUUGGAAUUAAAUGAGAACAAAGCUAACCAUCAUGAUAUAUUGCAAGCUUCUAUAGCUUCUCCUGAAAACGAUUACAGCGAAGAAGACGAUAUAGAAACUGAUCACAGGGAAUCACCACUGAUUAUUCCAUUGGACAGUCACUAUGCGAAAGAUAUUAUGAAACCUCAUCAGAUAAAAUCAACACUGGCUAUUUCAUUGGACGAUACACUGUCAGAUUUAAAUUCCAUUCCAGUUUCUGAUGAAGAAUGUGAUUGGUCAUUGGGGGAGUUUGAAAAGUCUGAAGAUGAUAGCAGUAAGGACAACUACAGUGAUAGGGUACCAGGCAGCUACAGUGAUGCGGUACCAGGAGAAAGUGACCAAAAUGAGGAUAAUACAGACAGUGCUGUGGGCAAGUCCACUUAUUCAAAGAAAAGUUUACAAAGUGAGUCUAAUCCUGAAAGUAGUGGAAAUAUUCAGGAUGUUAAUAUUACUGAUCACAAUUUGAUUGACAGGUCAAGUACAGAAGUGACUAAAUACACAAAGAAUGAAAACCGGGAACAUUUAUUACAAAGAGAAACUCCUCUUAUGAAAGAUAACUCUGUAGACAAUCAAGCCACAAAUUCUAAAACGGAUAGUUCAGUAAGUUGUAAGAUCCAAAGCAAUGAAAAUGUAUUACAGCAAAAAGAAGCAAACUUUCAUCAGGAAACUGAUAAUAAGAAGGAAAAAUAUCAAAGAAAAGAUAUGAUAUCAAAUAUUGAGACUAAAUCAGAUAAUUUAGAAAAAGUUGAAGGCAUGGGAGAUAACUUGAUAUCAACUCAAGGAACAACAAAAUUGUCUAGUUUAUUGAAAAACAAAGUGAUAGAUUCUGCUAGUAGUUCUGCUCUGUCAACUAAGAAAACGAGAAUCAAUAAACGUUUUUCUCCAACAGAAAAUCAACUGUUCCAGGAAGCAAUGAACUUUUUAUGUAGUGGAAAAAUUAAAGAUAAUAAUGAGAAAAUUAUAGAUUGUUUCUCAAAUUCUUCAAUACGAACCAGGCAAAAGUCUUCUAACAUGGGUAAAGAUGUUGAACAAGGGGAGGCUAGAAAGAAAAAGCAAGAGAAACCAAGUUCUGUUGAAAAAGAUAUUGUACAUGCAACCAAUGUGAAGAAGAAGAGAUAUUGCAAGCCUUCGAAGGUCAAAGAAUUAAAAGAGAAACAAAAAAUAAUUUUGGACAAUUUAAAGUCACAAAAAGAAAUUAUCAGUUUAGAGAAAGAGCAGGAAGAAAAUGAUGAAAAUUGUGAUAGUAUUGAUGAAACAAAAGAUCAUUUUGAGCCAAAGACAAAAAAUACAGAAUUGGAUAAAAAAGUAAACAAUGGUUCUAAAGACAGAAAAAUUUUGGUAGAAGAUAUUGAAAAACAGGAAGAAGAAAAGUUUGAUUACUCUUUUGUUGAAAUGCCAGUUAGUGAACAGUCAAAAUGUUCUUUGAAAAGACCUGAAAUUUCUAUGGAAGUGUUAUCAAGCAAACAGAAAGAACUUUCAUCAGGAGUUUAUAAACAGAAAGACCUCCCACUAAAAAGACCAGACAUAUCUCCAGAGGAAUCAGAAGCAUUGACAGGCCUUUUAACUUUAGGAGAAGGUCAUAAGAGUGUAGAGACCCAGACAUUGUACAACACAGACUUGGCAGUUUCUUCUGAAAACGGGACUAUACUGAACAGCUCAUGUGAGUUUAAAUCUGACAAUACUAACCACAGCAGUGGUGAAAUCAUACAGACCAGUGAACUAGAAAAUAAAAUUGACCAACGCAUAAGUAAUUUAUUGGAAGAUGUUAGAGAUAAAAUGUUAAAUGAUGAUAAAAGUGGAAAGAAUGGACAAGUUAAAGGAAAAAACAAACAGAGGGAAAAUGUUCAAUAUGAUAAAAAAGGCAAGCAAGAACCAAAUCUUGAAGGUGAUGAAAAUGACAAGCAAGAACCAAAUCUUGAAGAUGAUAAAAAAGAAAAGCAAGAACCAAAUCUCGAAAAUGAUCAAAAGGAAAAGCAAGAACCAAAUCUUGAAGAUGAUAAAAAGGAAAAACAAGAACCAAAUUUUGAAGGUGAUAAAAAGAACAAGCAAGAACCAAGCCUUGCAGAUGUUAAAAAGGACAAACAAGAACGAUAUCUUGAGGGUGAUAAACAGGGCAAGCAAGAGCAAAAUCUUGAAGGUGAUCAAAAGGACAAGUGUGAACAAAUUCAUGAAAGGCACGAAAAAGACAAGCAUGAAGAAAAUCUUAAAAGUAAUAAGCAAGAACAAAAUCUCCAAAGCAGUAAAAAAGAAGAACACAUUAAUCAUCCUAUGCCAAUUCUUAUUGCAGCAGCUACUGAAAAUGACAGAUCUGUUCCUAUUGAUACCACUGUGCAGCAGAGUGAAUCAACAGGGGGACAGACAGUUACAGCUUCAAAUGAUACCCCAAGUCCUCUUUCUUAUGAAUAUCUAGAACAUAGCGAUAGUGAUACAAUACCAUUGGUAGAAAAACCAGUUGUUGAAGAAAAAACUCCAGGAAAAUGGCUUAUUCCAAUUUUAGAACGACUGAAUAUUGACAUUUCUAAAGGACGACUCAUUGUUACAAAGACUGCACAGAAACUUUGUAUUAAGACAGGGACAUUGAUUAAAUCUACAUGUUCAUAUUCCAGUCAAGCCUCAUCUGUUCAAGAUAAAGAUAGGAAUAUAAAUAAUUGUGAAAUUGAUAUGAGUGCAGAUGGAGACAAGUCUGGUCACCAUGGCAAUGAUAGGCAAAAUUAUGAUGAUGAGCUGGACAUUGAAAAUGUAAAUAGUUCAAUAACAAGAAGAAGAGAAGUUAGGACAUCGAAGGGAAAAGCACAGUAG